UGAGUCUGCUGACUGAUCCCUCACUCUCCUGCUGCUGAUGGACUGCGGUCUGCGCGGGUUCGGUUCCGACUCUUCAGACAGAUGGAUGCUGAGGAUCCUCGGCUGAGAUGAGAUAAGCCCCCUCUCCCUCUCUCUCUCUCUCUCUCUCUCUCCAUCUCCGCCGAGCUGCUGCAGCGCCGCGCACACAAGAAGGACGUGGGCACGUUAUAGUGGAAAACACCGGAAUACAGGGGAUUUGGUAUUUCAUUUGAGCUGUGAGCUGUGCCACUGCGAGCUGUGAAAGGUUCCCCUUCUAUUUUGCACUAAUGGUCCCGAUGCUGCUCUCCAGAGGUGAUGUGAGCUGAGCUACAGUGGGGAAGCCGCAGAGGAGCUGUCCGUCUGUUGAGGUGCAGAUGCGGCUGUGACAAGCGAGCAUGGCUGCCGGGAAGUUACUGCUCUACGCCGGGCUCUCUCUUUCUCUUUGCGCCCUGGGCAUGCUGGCCGUGGCGAUGUGCUCUGACCACUGGUACGAGACCGACGCCAGGAGGUACAGGGAGCGGUGCCGAAGUUUUUCCAGCCGCCGCAAGGACCCGGGCUUCAUCUACAUCCCCAACAACAGCCUGCCGCUGCGGGCCAGCCGGAGCAGCCUGCCCCGCUGGGAGGAGAAGCUGCUGCUGGCCCGGAAUCGGCGGCAGCUGUUUGCCAUGAGCGCCGCGGAUGAGUGCAGCAGGCAGUACAACUCGACCAACAUGGGGCUGUGGAGGAAAUGUCACCGGCUGGGCUUCGAUCAAGAAAUCGAAGAUCUCAUCCGGAAAGGUUCCAUUGCGAGAUGCUCCUACAUCAAAUAUCACUACUCCUCAGCUACGAUACCCAAAAAUCUCUCAUACAACAUCACCAAGACAAUAAGGCAGGACGAGUGGCACUCCCUCCACUUGCGGCGGAUGACGGCAGGCUUCAUGGGCAUGGCGGUGGCCAUCAUCCUUUUCGGCUGGAUUAUCGGCGUGCUCGGCUGCUGCUGGGACCGAGGCCUCAUGCAGUAUGUGGCUGGUCUCCUCUUCCUCAUGGGAGGAACCUUCUGCAUCAUUUCCCUCUGUACCUGCGUUGCUGGCAUCAACUUCGAGCUCUCCCGCUACCCACGGUAUCUGUACGGCCUGCCUGACGACAUCGGCCAUGGCUAUGGCUGGUCCAUGUUCUGCGCCUGGGGAGGCCUCGGCCUCACCCUCAUCGCCGGCUUCUUCUGCACCCUGGCCCCCUCCGUGCAGCCGAUACCCCGAUCUACCUGCCCCAAGUCCCGACAGGAGAACGGCACCGUCUGCUAAAGCCGUGCAGCCGCGAGAAGCCCGACCGAAGCCGCAGAAGAAAGAAAGAAAACAGAAAAAAACUGUUCCAUGUGUUCAUCCAUCCACUCAU